ACCGUAGCCGAGCUAAUCUUGUUGAUAUCUCGCAUUUUCUCUGUUGAUCUUUAGCCUUACCUUGAUGAAUCUGCAUAACCCCUACAAUUAGCAAACUGAACUUGAUAAGGUAUCAUUAUCAAUGGAUAUUGAGCUUUAUUCUAAUUGACAGGAAACACAGAUGGUGCAUUCUACUUUCGUUUCUGGAUUUUAAGUGUAAACACACAAACACAAAGCUUUGAAUUUAGGAAUCAUGGAUAUAGGAGCAAGUUAUGCGGAAUGCAAAGAAGAAUUGAAAUCAGAAAGCGACCAUGAACGUUUUAUUUUGUCUUUGCCUGUUCCAUGGAGAAAGUUCGCAUUCCCCAAAGAGCAUCACAAAAGACAAAGCCAAUCGAUUCGGAAGUUUCAAUCCAUACUCGAUGGCUACCAAAAAGCAGGAGAACAAAUCGAGGAAGCUAUAAGACGAAGAGCGACGGACAGUGAAGUUCGGUAUGUGUACGAUUUGGACGAUGUCGACUAUGACGAGUAUGUGGAACAGUUGGGAAAAGCAGACAUCCCUUAUAUACAAACAGCUGAGUUUUACGGGUAUCUUGUACACCUUUUGACGGGAUGUUGUGCAAAGAAGAAAUGGCUGAUAAAUAAAAGUGAAGAACUUGCAUCUAUAAAUGGCAAACCACCGUCGAUUAGUUUGAAGGAAUGGCUGACUCUGCCUCCAGAUGUCAGACUUAGCAUGUCACGAGGAGAGUCUGCAAAAACUAUUGAAUUAAUGGUAGAAAAAAUUUACGAGCUAAAGACAGAAAAUAUGAGUAUUGUGCGAGAGAGUGCUGAUCGUAUGGCAAAGCAAAUUGCACCAAACUUUGUCCAAGUACGAAAAGAUGAAUUCCAAAGAAUACUGGAGGAAAAUGAAAUAUUGAAACUGAAAAACGUUGAAAUACAGCAAGACCGUGCUGCUAAGGAGGAGGUCAUUCACUACUUUGAGGAGGAAAUGGCAGAAAAUGAGAGGAAGAUCAAAGAUCUUACUAAAGUAAACUCAGAUUGCAGAAACCAGUUACACCUCAGCAGUAUAGCAGAUCUUCAGCAGAAACUAGCCCACGAAAAAAAGAGUGUUGGUUUGUUAAGACGACAACGAGAUACUUUAGAGGAAGACAAAGAGCGUUUAUUAACCAGACUAAGUGAAGUGGCUGGUUCCAAGUUAACAACCAACAAUCCAGCAAUUACAGACCUAAGUGACGAAAACAGACCACUGAAAUUAUCGGAAAAAUUCAGUCAGCUGUAUGAUGACGAGUGGACUGAUUCUUUAGAAGAAAUACUAAACAACGGCCUGGAUGAAGUUGCUUCAGUUGCCUUCCUCCUCCGUGUUGUUAUGAGCGCCUUCCAUCUCUGCUCCCGAUCCAGGUCGAUGUUUAUUAAUGUACACGAUUGCAAAACUUUGCUAUGGUGUGAGGGUGGUAUGGAAAUGAAGCUUGUACAGAGGCUUGAAUUGACAGAGGAAGAAAAAAUAGCUUUAGAAGGUGUCACGCGAGAUUUGAGAUAUUACAGAAAGGACACAUUCAUAGAUGUCCUAAAAAAGAAAUUCCGUGUCAUCAUGAAAGGUAUGUUACUAAACAUAAACAGGAAAAGGAAAUGUAAUCAGAUAUCACCAGAAGAACGACAGAUAGGACAUGUAACAAAUGAAGAUGUUGAUGGAGAAAAACAAACAGAAGCAGAAAUCCAGGAAGACACAGAAGAUCAGAAUGAAAACCAAGAACAAUCCCAAAUUCCACCGUCUCUGUCGCAAGAUAAAGUGCAUUUUAAUAGAAAUACUAUCCCGUCAAAAGUACGUAAAAAGGAACAGAAAGGUAGGCUUGUAGAAUCUGCGAGAGGGGAUUUCUCCAUGCCAUCCCAUGCAAACUAUUUAUCAGAGGGAUUCUUACUCAACAAAGAAGAAAUCGAAGAAUUAUUUUCGGUACCAAUGGAAUAUGAAAUAUCGGAAGAAGCUGUGAUUGGUUUUGGGAAGACAUUGCAAUUUGCAGAGCACUGUGUGGAGUUGUGUUGGUUGAUGCAGUCAGGACAACCACCGAUGUAUCUCGACGCUGAUAUUCCGGAAAAUAGACAGUUUAAAACCGAAAUAUUAAAACAAUAUACUAAAAAGGGGGAUUUAAUUCAUUACAUUGUGUGGCCAGUGUUGUAUCUACACAAGAAUGGACCUUUGCUUUCAAAAGGAGUAGCACAACCGAUAUAACGUUUUGUUUGUACAUGUAGUGCAAUGGACAUUGAAAAAAUAGACAAAAAAUUUAAAUGAUAGGCAAUUCAUACAUUUAAUUACUUUAUUACAGUUUAAGUUGGUUUUAGAUAUAAUGCUUCCACAAAUUUUCACAUUGAAUCUGAUUAUUUUCUAAAUUAUGAACACUUUUAGUAUCAUACAAACAAUGUGAUAGAGAAUUCAACAAAAUGGAAUUAUGAUAUCAAAUUACAUUUUUUAUUUAGUUGUUUGAAGGAAUCAUAAUUCUAUCCCAAAUAUGAAAAAUAGACAUUAUCACUGAAUUGUGUUACAUGUAUAUUUUUGCAUUUUUAUAAGAUUAUAAAACUACCGAGCCUUCGUGUCGCAUAAUAUUUGAUGUUGAUAUACAGGAUUUUAUGCCUAAAUGUAUUUCUUUAGUUUAUAGCUUAUGUCACCUUAAAUUAUAAUAAUGCCUAAAGAUAGAAGAAUGAAAAUGAUAUAUAUCGGCUUUUUUAUUUUUCAAGGCUUGCCAAAUUGUAUCAAUGGUAAUGGAAUUAAAUAAAUUUAUUCUCUAAUGUU